AGCUUUUUCUUCUCUCUUUUGGCUCUAGCUCAUCAAAGAAUCUCCACCGGCUUUUUGUUUGGUCCCGUAUCUUAUCAUAUAACCCAUCUCCACAGGCCAAUUUUCUCUCAAUAAUUGCCUCUAUAUAACGUAUAGAGGGAGAGAAUUAUAAAGCAAAGAGAAACAAUAAUCGGAUGAUUAUGACCAAAUUACUGUGUUUUUUACUUGCAAUAGCGUUGUUUCAACAAUCAAAAUUUGUUAUUUCUCGACGUGAGCAAGUUACAACUCCACCAUUGCCUGUUUUGCCACUGCCAUCUUAUUCUCAACUGAAAUGGCAACAAAGAGAGCUCAUAAUGUUCUUCCACUUUGGAGUCAACACAUUCACCGACUCUGAAUGGGGCACUGGAAAAGAAAGCCCAGCUAUAUUCAAUCCAGUUGGGCUCGAUGCGAACCAGUGGAUCAGUGCGGCAAUGGAGGCAGGAGUUUCUCUUGUCAUACUAACAGCAAAGCACCACGAUGGAUUUUGCUUGUGGCCUUCAAAAUACACUGACCAUUCUGUCAAACUCAGUCCCUGGAAAAAUGGCCAUGGUGACGUUGUACAAGAGUUUGUAAAUGCGGCUAAAGCUCGUGGAGUAGAUGCCGGGUUGUAUUUAUCUCCAUGGGAUCGCCAUGAUCCGAGAUAUGGCCAUGAUUUGCAGUAUAACGAAUACUACUUGGCUCAAUUGCAGGAGCUACUCAACAGAUACGGAAACGUCAGGGAGAUAUGGUUCGAUGGAGCAAAGGGUUCAAAUGCGCCUAACAUGUCUUACUAUUUUACAGAGUGGUUCGCCAUGGUGAAGGAGUUGCAGAGCUCCAUCAACUUGUUUUCGGAUGCGGGUCCGGAUGUCAGAUGGGUUGGUAAUGAAAAAGGAUUCGCUGGAAGCACAUGCUGGUCCACCAUCAAUCGCACAUCUCUAUCAAUCGGAAAUGGAAGCAUUGUCAAUUACCUAAACACGGGUGAUCCAAAGGGGACAGAUUGGCUGCCAGCAGAAUGCGACGUUUCAAUCAGAACUGGAUGGUUUUGGCAUAAAUCACAAUCACCAAAGAAGCUGAGUAAACUGCUUGAGAUUUACUAUAAUUCAGUGGGAAGAAAUUGUGUUAUGCUACUCAAUGUUCCUCCGAAUUCAACCGGAUUAAUAUCUGAAAAUGACGUUCAAAGAUUGAGAGAAUUCAGAAACGCCAUUAACACAAUAUUUUCAGCAAAUUUAGCAGACAACUGCACAAUAAAAGCUAGCAGCCAAAGAGGAGGCAAAGAUGGUGGUUUUGGACCCGAAAAUGUACUAGACAAUGACCAUUUGUGGACAUAUUGGGCUCCAAGAGAUGGCAAAGAUGAUGAAAAUUGGAUUGAAAUUAAGGGUGAAGAUCAAGAAGGGUUGACGUUUAAUGUGAUCAGAAUUCAAGAAGCGAUUGGGCUUGGUCAGAGGAUCAAACAGCAUGAAGUUUACGUUGAUGGUAAACUGGUGGCAAAAGGAAGCACAGUUGGGUACAAGAAACUCCACAGGCUUGAAAACGGAGUGAUAAAUGGACAUGUGGUGAAGAUCAAAAUCACGAAAUCUAGGGCACCGCCUUUAAUUUCUUCAGUUGGUUUGCAUUUUGAUCCUUACUGGCUCCCAAAAAAUGGCCGGUGACCUAAAUUAUGGGUUGCUUUUUGCCGACCUUUAUGCAUGUGUUUGAGGGCCAUGCCCACGCUCUUAUGUUUGAUCUCUUUUGUCCUACGUAGGAAAAGUAUAAAGGCAUUAGCGAUUAGUGCAAGGAGCCAAAAGUCACAGAGAAGCAUGAAGGAAUAAAAGUGAUUAAAAUUUCCAGUAGUUCA